ACAGUCUGUAAUAAAUAUAUAAACUUUCUACAUUACAAUACAUAAGUAACCAGGAAGUUAUCAGAACAUAUACAGCAGAUGAAAAACAGACUUUACUUUUGGAAGAAUGAGACAGAUUCAAAACAGGUGCAUUCUAAGAAGAUUUAAAAGAAACUAACAUAAUAGGACAGAAGCAAUGGAAACUUUUAAAAAGUUACUAAAUGCUGUUGUAGUUUUACCAUUCACAGCAGGUGAACCAUCUGAAAACCACAAUAUUAUUCAUAAUAUUCGACCUCACGACGGCAGUAUCAGUGGACUUAUACUUCUUUUAAGCGUGUUUGUGAUUGUCAUUUUGUCCAUGAUUGGAGGUGAAUUUGUUGAUCCGAAAACAGAUUAUUUAGUACAAUAUAUAACAGUCCACUCAUACCUAUGUAUUGUGAUUUUUCUGGCGAUUGUUGUUUGUGUGAAAUAUUUGAUUCUGUAUCAACGUCAGCAUUCUCAAAUUACAGAGAGGAUUAGAACAACAUCUAACGUUAAUCAAAUUUUCUUGUGGAUUUUUACAAUUGGAAGCAUUGUCUUUUCGUUUGCAAAAAUUAUCCGAACUAUCAAAUGUAAAAAUCAUACAUAUAAAGAAUUCGAGAGGAUGGGUUGUAUGGACACCAAUGCUACUUACUACACAGAUUAUGACAAAGUAUACAUCAGUUUUCAAUGCAUUCAGAUUAUCUUCUUCUUUGUUCAGUCAUGUUUUGUACAAGCAUUCAUUCCCUUUCGCUUUACACGGUCAUGGAAAAAUUACUAUAGUUUGUUGUUAAUAGUCUUGGCUAAUAUUUCACAGUGGGCACAUUACUUUUGCGAAAUAUACAGAUGGACAUCUACUGACGGGCCUGGACAAAGUUGUAAUAAAACCAAUUAUAUCAUUUGCCCCACUGAUAAUAUUGUAAGCAGACAAAUUAAGCCGUUUUUUUCGCCAAUUAAAAUGGAAUAUUUUCUGUUCUCUAUGAUUUUAAUAGCUCAAAUUUGGCCCUCUAAGCAAAAUCAUAUACAUGAAGUACGUAUACAGAGAUCAAAUCCCGAAAGUGAAUAUACGCCAUUACUUUCAACAUCUGAUGAAAGAAUCAAUAGAUCUGGUUUCAACAGCUUAAGAACAAUUUUUUGCGUUGGAUUUGUUGUACUUAUGAUUUUUCCAUGUUUCGUAUUUGGUUAUAUUAAUCUUUCUGAAGAUAUUGAAGAAAGCUCAUAUCAAACGAUUCAAAAUGUUAAUGUAGCAUACCAUAUAUUUCUAUUAUUUUCUAUAACUGUCUUACUUAUAAUGAGUUUUUAUAUGAUUUCACAACCGUCGUCAUUUUUGGAACCGUUAAUGAAAACACAACAACUCCAAUUUCAUCACAAAAUGAUAAUUGCAAGCUUUUUAGGAUCGAUUGCAUAUUGUUCCUUAGUAAUUUUUGCUUGUAUACACGAAAGGAAAGAAUAUUUGAUAAUGAGUCAGAAAUUAAUGACAAUGAUUGGUCUUUAUUUCCAAGUUGUUUGUAUUUUACAAUUGAAUAGUUAUGGAAAGAAAAAGCGAAGUCUCUGCGAGUACGUAUACCUUUUAAUCUCUAUUUUAAAUCUGUACUUCUGGAUUGAUGAUAGUAUUUUUGAAGCUACAUCUAUUUACGAUAAGAAAAUAUUGCAAAGUGUAUAUAGCAUAACAACACAGAAACUUAUUUCUCAUUGUUUGUUCCCUUUCUUUGUGUUUUUUAGAUUUAAAUCUUUCAUAUCAUUUUAUAAUACUUUUCGACAAAAUCCAGAUAACGACAUGCGCCAAGAAAACGAGACCAUUUAGUUUUAUUUUUAACUAGAAAAAACUGCACCUGUCUAUAGCAAUUAAAUGCAUGUGUAUCAUAAACAUAUUUAUUCUUUCAUUUAAAAAUUGAUAAAAAAAUAAAGAAUAAUAAUUAAAAAAAUUUAACUGAUGUCUUUUUAAUUGACUUAUGUAUAUCUAUUUUGUUUAUUAUGAAACAAAUGCAGGCACCAAUGAAUUUGGAUAGUAAUUGAUUGAUUACUGUAAGUAUUUUCGACACACUAUGUCAAUAAUUUACGUAUGAUUGUGAUCCUACUUGUUUUUAAGGAUAUUUUAUAGGUCUUUCGUAUAAAGUUUUAUGAUAAAUUGUGUCCAUUAGAUAUAGCGAGAGUCGCAGUAUCUGAAGCUCAAAACUCACAUAGUUUGAUACAUUCAAUAAUAUAAGUUCAGAACUGUUCUAAUUUCAAAAUAAUUUACUGGUAUACUGAUCCUUUAAGAUUAAAUACAUUUUAUUUCAGAAUUUGUCUAGCUUCUUCACAACAUUCACACUGCAUUCUAGCUGACCACAUUCUCACUUUAGAUAUGUAUUCAUGUUACUUAAAUGUUGAAA